UGACUGGCGUGAAAUCUCGCGAAGCUACAUAAAGCUUCCUCUGUGGUUGCAGAGCUGCUUCCUGUACUGGAUUUUUUUCCUUCAUAUUUUUACAUUUUUUCCGGAUUUUUCAGCGCAGGUUUGAGGACGGUUACGCGUCUAGAGAAGGAGCGGGGUUGUGCUGCAGAACCUGCGGCUGGAGGACAGGAGCGUUACCCGGGCUGCCGCUGGCUAGUGGUGCAACGGCUCUCUCCCUGCUAAAGCUAGCUAACACCUUUAAAGGAAUGCCUUCACCAGAAACGUCCGCACGUUUAAUAAACGUUUAUAGCGUUUCUGCGAGGGUUUAGUCCACCAGGUAUCCUCUCGUGUACGUGGGGAGUUUUUUUAUGCCUUCUUCUUGUCGUUAGCCAGGUUAACAUUACUGUUACCCGCCAGUCUGUGUGACAUUAGGUUAACCGUCCAACAGACAUGACAGCCUGUUCAGACUAGCUAAGCCAGUUAAACCUGCCACCUUUUACUAACUAACGGUUCAUGACAUUUAGUUAACAUUAUCUAGCUAACUGUGUAACUAGGCAGUAGGUAGUUUUAACCCUGUCCAGACCGAGUUAAUGCUCAACAGUUGUUUCAUUCCCGUCUAAAAAUAAUCAGCUGCCCCCCUCUACUAACCUACUCCAGUCAUGGCCCCGAAAAAAAGACCCCCCCAACUCAACAUAACACCCACUGGAGAGGGACAGCCCACCACCAACAUCGAUGCUGCCUCAGAAGCAAACCUGGAGGCCUUGCAGAAGAAGCUGGGGGAGCUGGACCUGGAUGAGCAGCAGAGGAAGCGUCUCGAGGCUUUUCUUACUCAGAAAGCCCAGGUGGGUGAGCUCAAAGAUGACGACUUUGACCCCAUCUGUGAGCUGGGGGCAGGCAACGGAGGAGUGGUCCACAAAGUCCGCCACAAACCAUCAAGACUCGUCAUGGCCAGGAAGCUCAUCCAUUUGGAAAUCAAACCGGCCAUCAGGAACCAGAUUAUAAGGGAACUGCAGGUGCUGCACGAGUGCAACUCGCCCUACAUUGUGGGCUUCUAUGGGGCUUUUUACAGUGAUGGAGAGAUCAGUAUCUGCAUGGAGCACAUGGAUGGAGGCUCCUUGGAUCAGGUGUUAAAAGAAGCUAGAAGAAUUCCAGAAGAAAUCCUGGGAAAAGUUAGUAUUGCGGUACUCCGAGGACUUGCCUAUCUACGGGAGAAGCACCAAAUCAUGCACAGAGACGUCAAGCCCUCCAACAUCCUGGUGAACUCGCGUGGUGAGAUCAAGCUGUGUGACUUUGGUGUGAGCGGCCAGCUCAUCGACUCCAUGGCCAACUCCUUCGUGGGAACACGCUCGUACAUGUCGCCGGAGAGACUCCAGGGCACUCACUACUCUGUGCAGUCGGACGUGUGGAGCAUGGGACUGUCACUCGUAGAACUGGCUAUCGGCCGCUACCCAAUCCCCCCGCCCGAUGCCAAGGAGCUGGAGGCCAUAUUUGGCCGUCCCGUAUUAGAGGCAGGUGGGACAGAGGGCCACAGCACAUCCCCGAGGCCAAGACCUCCAGGACGACCCAUCAGUGGACAGGGAAUGGACAGCAGGCCGGCCAUGGCUAUAUUUGAGCUACUGGACUACAUUGUCAAUGAGCCCCCACCUAAGCUUCCACAUGGUGUGUUCACCUCAGAUUUCCAGGACUUUGUGACAAUAUGCCUCAUCAAGAACCCCGCUGACAGAGCUGACCUGAAGAUGUUGAUGGGCCACACAUUUAUCAAGCGUGCGGAGGUGGAGGAGGUGGACUUUGCCGGCUGGUUGUGCAGAACCAUGGGCCUGAACCAGCCCAGCACUCCCACUCGCAGCUCGGAGUGAAGCGCAGCCCUGCAGUCCGGCUGCUCACACCAUAAACCUCUCUCUUCUUCUUCCUCCCCUCUCCUUUGUUCUCCUGCGUUCUUUUUCUCCUGCUCGUUAAGCCUGGCUCCGGCCGCUGCACCGCUCCCCUGCUCCCUCCUUUGCUUUCUCUCUCUUUGCUGCCGUGCUUUCUGCAGGUACUGGCUUAUGGGAGGAGGUUUUCGUUGUUUGCACAUCUGUCCAUAUGAACGAGCUUAGGUUCAGACGAGGUUUUAUGUUGCUUCGCUUCAGCAGGACAUCAACAUGAGUUUUCAAAGCAGAGUUAUUCAGGAACAUUUCAGGUAUGGCAUAGAGCACCUGGGUCUGUACUGUAAAGUGCACAUUUCCACUAUAAUUUAAAGAUGUUUUCAUGAAAUCUUAUGUUUAAAGAACCAGGCAGUGACACUGUAGUCUGUAAUUGUGAUGCGUUAAAAAAAACAACAGUGGUCAAAUAAUACAUGUUUCAGUUUUGACGAUAGAUAAGCCCACUUUGCUUUAGUUUCUCGGUGUCUCAGUGUUGCAAACCAAAGAGGGCUACAGCAGAUCACACCUAUUUACACAUAAGCUUCAUUUGUGGGACAGAAUUAGGACUAGAACUAGGACUAUUAGUCCAAAAAGUUAUAUGAAUGAACUCAAGAGUCCAAGCUGCCUACUCGCGUGUAAUCGUGUGCAACUCUGCAGGUUAUACACAACCACAGAUGUGGCAGAGACAGUAUUUUUGGCUAGCCAGACACAGGUUAUUUUGCCCAUUUUCAGGGUAUAAAGCAAACUGACACAACUGACGCAAACUGAUUUCAUAUAAAUAUUUCAAACAUGUUGAAAUACUUCAUUUGAAUGGACGUCCAAACUGCCCCCAUAAUAAUGACCUUUUUCCUCAAAAGCAGAACAUUUCUUCAACUUAAGGAAGGUACUGGUUCUUGCCAUGAGAGCUGUGGUAUAUGUUGCCUAGAAUAUGCCUGGGCACAACAAUGAGCUUUUUAUAGGUGGACUUUGAUGUUUUUUUUUUUUCUUUUAACCCUAAAAUCAUGGUUUUAUUCAUGGCUGUAUCUGAUGCUUGAGUUGUAUGUCAUUAAAUAUUCUUGUUUUUUAUUAUUGACACUGGAAGGAUUUUCAACAUGGUAUAUUUUGGGGUUGUGCUUUGAAGUUGUGUUUAACCUGACUACAUAAAAGCCAGGAUGUAAAAAACAGGACACGCCACAUUACAGCUGAUGUUUCUUAGACCUUUGCAUUGGAAUGCACACAAACUGUACAUGCUAAGCGAGCUCUGUUUAAUAUAAAUUAAUCGGGAACUUGCAUGGUACAUAAUUUACCAAGUUCUUUAAAAAAAGUGACAUGUACUAUGCAAGAAAAAUGUACUCACACAGAAACAAGACUACAUUUACGACGACACGACUAUAAACAUACUCAAUUAUCAGUGGUUGGCUGCUGUAUUGUAGACUGCAGUGGCUCACUGAUCAGCUCUGGGUUGCUGGGAGGUGAUGGCGCUUGGCUGUCUGUCUUUCAUUCUUCUUCAACGUUCAGGGGUUGAGUUUCGAGAGAAAAAAAUGGAUGCUCAUCAUAAAGUGGCAGAGCAGUUAUCACUUUGAUCUGUCUAUUUAAUAGAGAAGAUGAUCUUCAAAAUGUGAUGAUUUUGAGAGACUGAACCCACUAACGUUGGACCUGUAUUGCUGUCACACACUGACUGGCAUUCAUCUCCGACCAAAUGAAUGCAUUGCCACACAACGUGUAUGAAACUAAAUGUACAGUACUGGUGGUACUGUUUUGCAGUCUUAAGGAAAUAGCCUUUUCUGUUUUUGUUUUGUUUUGUAUUUUUUUCUGGCAUAGAGAAAAUGGGAAAAGUCAUUUUAUUAUCAUAUGAAAUGUGUUGAAUACGGUUCUAAUACAAGAAUAAAACUUAUUUGUGAAUGAA